GCUAGUAAUACAAAGCUAAAUGCACAUCGGUGAAAUAUUCCUUUAAGGUUAAGGUGAGUGUAAGUCACCAGGAAAUGAAUGUAAAUCAAUAUAAUGUGUGUGCGUGUGUUUGCAUUCAAUGCAUAAACUGUGAUGGAGAUACACAUAACCCUAAAAGCAACCAGACCAAUGCAAUACAAACAGGAAGUAAAGUUAACCACAUGACAUGAGUGAUACAUAGACUGACAGGACCGAUGGUUGCUCUUUUAGUGUUGCCACUAUGAGCCCGGUCUACCUGAGCCUGUUUUAUGUCUCCGUCUUGAUGACUGUUCAUCCUUGGGAAGCAGAGAGUGAAGGCUCAGACUGUUUCCCUGAUAUCAGAGUACGUCGCCACACAGCUUACGAGAUCCUUGUGGGACAAGACCUCGUCAUCAACUGCACAGUUGUUUUCUGCAGCAGUCCACCACCUGCAGUAUCCUGGUUGAAAACGCAUGUCCCCGUCGAUGUCAGCAGUCAGAGUCACAUUAAAACAGAGUGGAAACUGUUUAAAGAAUUAGAAGGCAUGUCGUAUUUGAUAUUCCAAAAAAUACGCAGUAAUGACUCAGGUCUGUAUCAGUGUCGAAGUGCGAGCGAUUUGGGUCACGCUAUCAACGUCUCAGUCCGUGGUGACAUCAAGUCCACUCUGGAAUCAGGUGAUAUCAAGUCGACGACUGUUAAACCACAGUUGAACUAUAGUUUGUCCACUCUGGAAUCAGCUCUGUGGCCAUGUGUGUACCGCGCUGCUGCAACCAUGGUGUUCUUCGGCAUAGUGGCAGCGAUAUGCGUUACAUCAAAGCUACAGCGUACAGGGGUCUGCUGUGUGGGACAAUCCAGGAACAAGCCAGACCUGAGCCUGCAGCCUUCCCAUGACCCCAGGCCUACUGGCCACGUAUAUGAAAACGACAUGUUUCAAAAUAGAUCAGCUUAGGUUCAUGUUCUCGUCAUUAAAUUUCAGAAUGACACAUUUGCAUGAUGUUUCCUAUGUAAAGGUGUCAAAGUUAGCGCUUCUGUGAGACUGAGUGACUGACAAACUGACAAACAGGAAGCAGAAUUAAACCACACGUCACACAAUGGAAGAACCAAUGCCUGUGAGGAAGCCAGAUUUUGUUUUUUUACAGAGGCAGACACAUAGACUCGAGUUCAGGUACCGGCCAAAUUUAAACGGAAAUAAUGUUUUACUAUAUUUAAAAAAAAUACAGUAAACAAAAAAGACAAAUCCUCUCAUUUUAAAAGAUCCAGUGUGCAAAAUUUAGUUUAAAGUUAUUUUAUGAUUUAAAAGUUGUUCUGCUGUAUUCUUUGUUUAUUACUGUUAGUCAUUUGUGACCGUUUUAAAUUGCUCUUCGUUGUUUUGCCUUUCUUUGUGUGCCAUGUAAUCGCAAUACAUUAAAAGUGUGUAUUUCACGGAUUAUAAGCUUUCAAACAGCA